AGUAAGAUAAUACUAGAUGUAAAAAACAUGCCUUGGGGACRUGACAAAUAUUUUGACGUUCAUACAUUUUGAUGUACUUUGAGCUUUAAAAAUUCGUUAAUUAUUCUGUUUCUAUGGAGAGAUUAGUGAUAGUUGUCCUUUACAUCAUAACAAUGGCCAUGUUUGUAAUAUUUUAUCAGUGAAGUGAAUGGGGUGUUCUGAGGCGUGCAUUAGCCAAUCAACGAAAAGCUGUAGGCUUUCUCCCCAUCUGAUUGGUUCAACGAGGUGUUCAUUUACGGUGCAAAGCUACGGACCUCAGAACUUCUUGCAGACUGUGCAAGGAAAGUGCUUUUUAUUUGGUCAUGGCGUAGAGUUAUAAUUUCUUUCGAUGGUUUAAGACCUGUAGUCGCACCAAUCGUCAACUGACUCCUCGUUCGCGGGAACAUUCUAAACCCAACUGUGUCUGUCAACUCUCUUCAAACAUGCUCAAGUUUCUAACAUCAAAAUUCAGGAACCAGUCUUUGAACGAAGUUAGGCCCUAUGAACCUCAGCAGGGGUACCUGCACCAAGAUACAGAAUUAGAAGACAACACAGAGAAAUCUGAAGAUGAAGAUGAAGAGUUACGAAACUUAAAUCUUGAAGGUGCAACUAACCCCCUCCAUAACAACAAUAACCAUGAACAAGAACAUACCAUUUCAAAUUCCAAACCUUUUAUGACAAACAUCAAGGAAAGUCCAUCUCUUGAUCAAGAAAAUCAGCCACCAACUCUUAAUGGAAAGCGAAAUAUAGAAAGAAAUAGUUCAUUUUGUCCGAUUGACAUACCAAUCCAUGAGGAUUGCAGCUUAUUAGCUGAGAAACGAAAGUGGGCACAAGUCAAUUGUAAGAGGUUACUAUAUCAAAUGGGCUCUGGAACUGACAGUUCCUCUGAUGAAGAGAUCAAAGAGUUGUGUAGCUCCAACAAGUGUGGAUUGCUAAGUUCUAGUCCUCCUGGCAAAGUUACUGUACUAUCAAAACAUUCAGCAUUUAGUGCUCAAAUUAGACCUACUGAAGGACAUACCAGGAAAAAACACAGAGUUAUUAUAUGCAAUGAAAGACCAUCCUUAAACUUUGAGAAAAUGCAGCAGAAARCUCUUUCAAAGAAGCAUCUUCAUAGCUUAUCCAGACCAAGGGCCAUUCGAAUCAGGAAUAUGUCUCAGGCAAAUGGCAGACCAAGUUACAAUUAUGAUCAAGCAGUAUUAGUGUUCAAGCCGAUUGCCGUUAAUCCAUCAUUCAAUCUUGCCCCUGUAGAGGAACCAGGUUUUGCAUUUUGAAUGAAUCUCACUGUGUGUUUAUUUGCUUGUAUCUUGGGGUAAGCUUAUAAUCAGACAUGGGUGAAGGGGGAAACUCAUUUACUUGCACAUACUGGGAUUAUUUGUUUUAUUAUUGGUCAAACCUGUUUAUUGUAUGAAACAUAGUUUCUUUUGGAAACGUGAGCAACAUUUUGAUCAUUGAUAUAUUUGUUAUUAGGUCAAAAAUCAAUAGAUUUGUAUUUGGUUUGCUUAAGCAAUUUAGUUUUUUUGAGAAAACAAUAAUAUCUGGAGAAUCAUUGGUUAAUAACUUUUUGGUUCUCUAAGGAGUUAAUAUAGAUCUAAURUUGAUAUCUAUAAGAAAUGUCUUUGUAAAAGCACAUAUUGUGUGGAAGCACUAAACUGGGAGCUCUCUAAUAGCGAUUAGUAUAUUCUUGAACAUUACUAAAAAACAAGUGAAUUUUGGAUACUUAGUAUUUCAUUUAAAAAAUAGAGUUGAAAGAAUCUUGUUUUUUCUUUCAUUGGUACAACCCACAUAACCAAGGGUGAUUUAUUUAAUAAGUGAAGUAUUGUUUCAAUAUCUAUACAGUCUUUAUAGGGAAGUCCCAGUCAGUGUUUCUCUUUGCACGAGAAAAGAGAGUGAAAUAAUGUACAUCUUUUAGGGUUAAAUGCAUACUUCUUGUCUAACUUGUUUAAUUGUACACAGACAGACUUUUUUUAUAUCUUAGAAAAAGAGUGUGUUAAUAACUAUCAAAGGAUAAUGAAUUGUUGGGCAUUUUUUAUUCAGCAAACAUAUUCUAAAACCAUAUCAGCAUCCAGAUACUUUUGAGACCAUUGUUUUUGUUGCUUUAAGUGUAAUCUAGUGAUGAGAAGUCUACAAUGAAAUGAAGCUGGCUUCAUUUGGCCUAUAGAAUAGUGUGGCUGUCAKACAAUAGAUUUACACUUAAACAAAGUUAGAUUUCUGUAGAUUUYUGUGAAAAUCUUCUAUAAAUUUUGUAGUAUUCAUAGCGUAUAUUCAAAGUAUCAUUGCAUAAAUCAAUAAUUACAACAUGCCCUAAAGGUUUUAGAAUAUUUUUGUUUUUUGAACAUAUUUUGACCAGACUGGAUUGCUUUCGAUCUGUGACGUGGUUUAAAAAGUUUGDCUCAGAUAUGUUAUGAAAAUAGUUAACUUGUUUGUGAUGACUUUACCAUGGCGAGAGAAAACAACAAAUUUUCCUUUAUUUCAUUCUAGAGUUGUUACACUUAACUUGUAAAUAAUUAGUAGACAAGUAGUUGGUAGCACACCUUAUUCAAAAAUAAGUUUGUAGGUUGGAUUUAGAUUUUUGUUAAUUGUUUCAACUGGAGUAGUAUUUUGCCAUUAAGUGUAAUGACUCUAAGGAGAAAAAGAAUCCAAUAUCUAGAUAUCAUUCAUUAAUCUAGUGUUGCAACUUCAUUCAUUGUAUUCAUGUAUUUUAAAGAGUGAAUAUUGUUCUAACCUUGAUAAUGUUAUAGCACAAAACCUUUCUUUAGAAAUGGGUUACCCUAUGUUUAUUCACUGAUAUAUUACUGUCCAAAAUUAUUUUAAUACUGUCUUCGAUUGUUCUCUAUAAUACUAAGUGUAACCCAUUCCUAAAGUACCUACAUAGUUUAAACAGAGUAAUAUUUAUCACAGAUAUUUAUAUAAGGAUUUUGUAUAUAUUUUUUGAGAUGGAGUGCAUAAGAGUGUCUGGAAAGUAGAGAGAUUUUAAUAAAAUAUUUAUUGCUUAUCUCUCUGGGGAUUGACAUUCCCUUUUUAGUGUUCCUUAUACUGGCAACUAAGAAUACUUUUGCCUUUUGUGGAAUAAAAGAAUGUUUGUAUAA